AUUAACUGAUAGUUUACAGUCUACUGAAAAUUUAGAGACAGUAAUUUGAACGGCAAUUGUAAUUAUGCCUGUGAUUUUUAUCUUGUUUGUUUAUUAGAUAGCGUAAUUAUGAAUUGUUCAAGUACAAAUUUAAUUCUAAGUACAUGCCAAAAGUUAGACGCGAGAUUUAGGCACAAAAUUAUAUGUAACUGGACUACACAUCAUAAACCAGAUUUUCGUUAUAUAAACGAUUGCACAUCAACAUAUACUCGCCUUUUUCAUUCAUCAUACAGGCGUAAACAAUCUCAAAAAGAUGGUAUUACCGUUCUUCCGUCACCGCAAGAAGUUACAAUAAUUCUACGCAAGAAUGAGUUCAACAAAGAAUUCACUUCAGGCUCAGUGAAGUCAUAUGAUUCAAAUCAACUGGCUUCAAAUGAUCCUAUUGAGGACACUAGAAGUGAAGCGCAGUGCAAGAUGACUCCAGGUCUCCUGAUGGGUAUAUUUGACGGCCAUGGUGGCCCUGCCUGUGCUCAAGUUAUAUCCAAGAGACUUUUGAAUUAUGUAGCAGCUUCCCUUCUUCCACUGGAUAGUUUAAACAAAUAUGUACAAGAGAAUCCAAGAGAAAAUCUGAUAGAAUCAUAUAAUGAUAGGGUUGAAAUUGUUCAAGAUCUAAAAUUAGUUUACGAAAAUAGUUUUAAAAAAUAUUUAAUUGAAUUAAUAGACCUUCCUAGAGAUGGUACCGAUGUUCGUUCUUCGUUAGAACAUGCCAUAAUGAAAUUAGAUAAUGAUCUGUCAAAAGAAGUUGUGGAGCCUUUUAAGGAGACCGGUGAUAUAGAUCCUAAGACUUUAUCAGUUGCUCUGUCUGGGGCUGUGGCCUGCGUGUCUCAUAUUGAUGGUCCUCAUCUGUAUGUAGCUAAUGUAGGUGACUGCAACGCUGUAUUGGGUACUAUGACUGAGGAAGAUGAGUGGGUUGCCAAGAAAAUUACAAAAGAACAUAAUUCUGAAAAUUUUGAUGAGUUGAAGAGAAUAUGGAAUGAGCACCCAGAAAGUGAAAGAAAAACUGUGAUAAGGAGAGAUAGACUGUUAGGAGAGUUAGCUCCACUGCGUAGUAUGGGAGAUUUCCGAUACAAGUGGCCAACAGAGUUAUUAAAGAAUGUUGCUGUCCCAAUGGUUGGCCAGAAGGCUAUACCUCCUAAUUAUCAUACACCACCUUACUUAACAGCUAAGCCAGAUGUUUAUUAUCACAGACUCACACCAAAAGAUAAAUUUUUGAUAAUUGCAUCGGAUGGCCUGUGGGACAUGAUGACUCCGUUACAAUCCGUGAAAUUGGUGGGUGAGCAUAUGAAGGGUAAAGUUUUCUUCAAUCCCCUUAAAUUGCCCCGGAAAAAUAUUCAAUUAGGAGAUAUAAAUGAAUUGUUAAAUCAUAGAAAAGAGAGCUUAAAGAGCAAGCCUAAGGAUAGAAAUGCAGCUACUCAUUUAAUAAGACAUGCCAUCGGCGGAACAGAGUACGGUGUCGAUCACUCUAGGCUGGCACAUCUUCUUAGCUUAUCUUCAGAUGUAAGUCGUAUGUUUCGAGAUGACAUAACUGUUACCGUAGUAUAUUUCGAUUCAGAAUUCCUCAGACAAUGUCCAGCAUAAAGUGCCUCAAAUUAAAUUCCUUUAUUUAAUUCUUCUUUACGUACACUUAGUGUGUAUUGAGGAGUGUUAUUUUGUUAACUGUUUUGUUCAAUUAUUAUUUAUCGAUCUAGUAUUUAUUAACGAAUUUUGGAGUAGUGUUUAAAUAAAUAGUUGUUGAAAGUAA